AUGAUGAGUUCAUCGGAUGAUAAUGUUGCCCUUUCAAUGAUUGACGGAAAUAUAGAUCAGGACGAUGAUAUGCCUUUAUCACAGAUCAGUUCGAAAUCGACAGAUACGACGUCAGUAGAUAGUAAUAGCACCGAAGGCCAGAAGCUGGGCUCAAAAAGGAAAGCUAGUUCUCCAACAGGCCAUAAAGCAAAAAAGGUCAAGAGGUCGAAGAACACAGUUAAGAGUGAAAGUGACGAAGAAAAUACGCCUUUAGCAUCAACUACUGCUCCUCCUCCUAAGAAAACAUCCAAGAAGAAGUCUGAGUCAGGAACUGCAAAACCUAGAAAUGGUACCAAAAAGUCAAAAGGUGCGAAAAGUACCGGUUCUAACAAGACAGAUGCAGUUAAAAAAGAAGAUGAAGUGGCUAAGACUGAGAAAGAUCCCAGCUCAACGCGUGAAGAUGAAGAAGAUGAAGAGAAAUACAAAUGGUGGGAAGCAGAAGAUGUUGAUGGAGAACAGAAGUGGGAAUCAUUGGAACAUAAUGGUGUUAUCUUCCCACCUGAUUACGAACCGUUACCGUCACACGUCAAAUUGUAUUACGAUGGAAAGCCUGUUGAUUUACCAUUAGAAGCAGAAGAGGUAGCCGGCUUUUUUGGAGCGAUGGCGGAGACAGAUCAUGCCAAGAAUCCUACCUUUCAGAAAAACUUUUUUGAAGACUUUUGUAAGGUCUUGAAGGAUGCAGGUGGCUGUAACGUUAAUAUCAUUGAUUUUCACAGAAUGGACUUUUCGAAGAUGCAUGCACAUUUUGAAAUGUUGAGAGAUCAGAAAAAGUUAUUAAGUAAAGAUGAAAAGAAAGCUAUUAAGGCCGAAAAAGACAAAUUUGAAGAGCCCUAUAAGACGUGUUUAUUGAAUGGUCAUAAGGAACAGGUUGGUAAUUUUAGAAUUGAGCCUCCUGGGUUAUUUAGAGGUAGAGGUGCGCAUCCAAAAACCGGCAAAUUAAAAAGAAGAGUCAUGCCAGAAGAUGUUACCUUGAAUUUAAGUGAAGGCUGCAAAAUACCCGAACCACCACAAGGACAUAAAUGGGCAGAAGUGCGUCACGAUAAUACGGUUUCGUGGUUAGCCAUGUGGAAAGAGAAUAUUGCCGAUUCUUUCAAGUAUGUCAGGUUUGCUGCAAAUUCCUCUAUUAAGGGUUUGUCUGAUUUUAAGAAAUUCGAAACAUCAAGAAAAUUAAGAUAUCAUAUCGAUGAAAUCAGAAAGGAUUAUACUAAAAUGUUGAAGGAUCCAUUAAUGCAAAAUAGGCAGAUGGCAACAGCUUGUUAUCUUAUUGAUAUUUUUGCAUUGAGAGCGGGUGGUGAAAAAGGUGACGAUGAAGCAGAUACUGUUGGUUGUUGUUCAUUGAGGUACGAACAUAUUACGUUAAAACCUCCGAAUAAAGUCAUCUUUGACUUUUUGGGUAAAGAUUCUAUUAGAUUCUAUCAAGAGGUUGAAGUUGAGAAACAAGUUUUCAAGAAUUUAAGAAUAUUCAAAAAGCCACCUAAGCAACCAGGUGAUGACUUAUUUGAUAGGAUCUCGCCUCCUUUAUUAAAUAAGCAAUUUCAAAAUUAUAUGAAGGGCUUAACUGCUAAAGUUUUCCGUACUUACAAUGCCAGUAAGACAAUGCAAGACCAAUUGGAUUUGAUUCCAAAUGAAGGGACGGUCGCCGAGAAAGUUGUAAAGUUCAAUGCAGCUAAUAGAACAGUUGCAAUCUUAUGUAACCAUCAGCGUACGGUUAGUAAAACUCACGGGUCAUCUGUUCAAAAGAUUCAUGAUAAAUUGAAGGAAUUAGAAUGGCACAAAAUAAGAACCAAAAAGAUGAUCUUACAGUUGGAACCAAACUUGAAAACGAAAGACCCAGACUAUUUUGAAGAACUUGAUGACUUAUCAAAAGAAGAUACAGAGCAUAUACACAGGGCACUCAUUGAGAGAGCUAGGGAAGCAGCUCGUAAAAGAUUUCAAAGAGAAAAUGACAAAUUGAAAAUUGAGGACAAGCCAUUAUUAACUGAAAAGGAUUUAGAAGAAAAGAUGGAAAAGGUGAAUGAAUUAGAAAAGGAAUAUGCCGAAGAAUUGAAAACAGGGAAACCUCAGAUUAAGAAAUCGGUCACAGUUGAGAAAUUGAAAAGUCAAGUCGACACGUUGACAAAUAGGAUAUUAAACACCACGUUCCAGUUGAAAGAUAAAGAAGACAAUUCAGAAGUUUCUUUGGGUACGUCCAAGAUGAAUUAUAUCGACCCUAGAUUGACUGUAAUGUUUUCUAAGAAGUUCAAUGUGCCAAUUGAAAAGUUAUUCACAAAAACCUUGAGAGAUAAAUUCAAUUGGGCCAUUGAGUCAGCAGACGAAAAUUGGAAGUUCUAA